AUGCUUUCAUCCAAGUUCCGUCUUGCUGCAUUGGUUGUUUCUCUUGCAGUCUCUACCGUUGCAGCUUCUAAUCGCUCGCCUCAAGCCCCCCAGACUUACGUCCCAGGAGCCUACUUAGUAGAAUUCGAGGAUACAGAUGCUGAUAGAUUUCCUACUACAUGCGAUGCAUUUUACAAAAACCUUACAAGUUGCAGUAUCGCUGCCCACCCGCGCCUCGAUCUGAACCACGAGCUUUUCAAGGGUGCUUCCUUCAAACUUGGCGAUGGACAUGAUGGAGAGGAUACGCUGAAUCUGAUCAAAUCAUUCUCCUGUGUCAAGCAGAUUUGGCCCGUCCGCCUGGUUUCCAGACCGGUUGCCGAUGUUUCGCUCGGAAACGGAUAUACUCAAUCAAUUCCACAACGUACGCACCAGAAGCGUGGUAUCCAAGAUUCAUAUCUUCCGCAUGUCAUAGGAGGUGUAGACAAGCUUCGUGCUCAGAAUCUGACCGGAAAGGGGAUAUUCAUUGGUGUGAUUGACGGCGGAGUCGACUUCAUGCACCCUGCCCUCGGCGGAGGCUUUGGAGCUGGCUUCAAAAUCAGCGCCGGUGAGGAUCUCGUAGGUAGUGCCUACGACGGAAAAAACACACCCGUCCCUGGUGGCAAGCCUAUGGAUUGUUAUGGACACGGCACUCAUGUUUCUGGCAUUAUUGGCGCCGAUCCUAACCCGUACGGCUUCACUGGUGUGGCGCCCGAGGCCACUCUGGGCGUAUGGAAAAUCUUUGGAUGCGUGUCCCCUUCAACUUCAAGUGAUAUGAUAAUGCGCGGAUUCAACAUUGCAUAUGAGGCAGGCGUAGAUAUAAUCUCCGCUUCCUUCGGUACUUCGAGUGGGUGGUCUGAAGACGAGGUGUCAGUGGUUGUCCAGCGCAUCUCCGAGAAAGGAGUUGUAGUCGUCGUUGCCGCCGGUAACAACGGCACCAUAGGACUCUUCGAUGCUCAGGCUCCCGCCAAUUCUGCUGGAGCGCUAGCAGUUGCUUCAAUCGACAACUACGUUCAACCCCUAGUUUGGAGCAACGCCACAUAUACGACUAAUGGCGCCAAUUCCACCAAUUUCGGAUAUAUAAAAUCUUAUCCACAGAACAUAAGCUUCGAACAUGCAACUUUCCCCCUGUAUGCACUCGAUUACAACAGAAACGUGUCAGAUACGGCCUGUACACCCCUCGCCGAUUCAACCCCUGACCUCGGAGGAUACAUCACUCUGGUUCAGGCCUCAACAUUUAUAGAUCGUUGCACCUUGGAUGAUCAACUGAUAAAUCUCGGUGCGAAAGGUGCAAAACGCGUCUUUUUCCACAUUCGCAAUUCCUACACUUAUUUCCCAGUAGUAAAUUCAACCAAGGUUGCAUGCGGAAUGGUAUCGGAGAGAGAGGGCCAACAUUUCCUUGAUCUUCUCCAAGCAGGAAAACAGGUCAAUGUCACCUUCACUGGUGCCGGGUAUAUCAACAGCACUGUUGCCACAAACAAGACGCAGAUAUCAGACUUCAGCUCUUGGGGGCCCACCAACGAGCUAUCGAUAAAGCCUGAAGUAGCAGCACCUGGUGGCAAUAUCCUUUCCACAUGGCCACUGAUCAAGGGCGGCUAUGCAACGAUGUCAGGAACUUCGAUGGCCGCGCCUUACAUGGCCGGCACUAUUGCUCUGUUGAUGCAGGCCAAAGGCAAGAAGUUUGCGACGCAGUCCGAGAUCUUUAAUCUCCUGACCACCACUGCUGACCCACUGAAAUGGAUUGCUCGCAACAGCACCUUUUUGGCACCAGUCAUGCAGCAAGGCGGCGGAGGGCUGAAUGCAUACAAAGCUGCUUUCACCACCACCACAGUAGAUGCUCGCUUCAUUGGUUUGAAUGACACUGCGCACUUUACGUCCGUUCAUGUCAUCAACAUCAAGAACACAUUCAAGCAAGCUCAGACAUACACGUUCGACAAUCUCAAAGCACCUACCGUAUACACAUUCAGCAACGGUUCCCACUAUCCCACCGAAUACAUGCCUUGGCAUAAAAUACGGCCUGAAUUCGAUCAAACCAGUCAGGCCAGUGCAUCCAUUCGCUUUGAACCCGAAAUCCUCACUGUCGAGGCUGGCUCGAUCGGAAAACUCACCAUGCACUUCACCCCACCUAAGGGCCUCGACGCGUCUCGACUGCCAUUGUACAACGGCUACGUUGCUAUCAACGGCUCAUGGGGCGAUUCACUCACCGUGCCUUAUAUGGGAGCCAGCGCCAACAUGAUUGACCAGCAGCUCUUCGACAAAGAGCUCGACUACCCCUACCUCGCCCGCAGCACAAACGUCAGCCAGAGAAUCAACGGCAGCGACUUGUUCCCUCUUCCGAUCGACUACAAGCUUCGCAACGAAAACACCAGCUAUCCGACCAUCAUGUGCCAGUUCGCCAUGGGCUCCCGCGUCGUUUCCGUAGACAUUGCAUCAAAGGCAAAGAACGGCACGAAUAUCCAGCUGGGUAACUCGACAAACGAUUCCGAUCGUAUCCUAGGACCCUUGCCUGAUAUGCCUCAGUUGAAUCAGUGGCGCGGUGAAGCUUUCAACUACACGUGGAACGGCACGCUGGCGGACGGCCAGACACCUGUACCGGCGGGCACGUACAAGCUCAUCCUCAGGGCAUUGAAGAUCUUUGGCAACCAGGACGACGAUGCGGACUAUGAGAGGUGGGACUCACCUUACUUCAACCUCAAGUACUACUAG